UACCACCUUGGUUCAUUGAGAUCCAUCUUUUGCAUUUUGAAACCAUAAUCAACUCUCUUUGCUUACUAACUAACAAUGGCAGAGAUACUUGUUCAAAUUGUGUUGGAGCGUUUGCUCUCUUUCGUAGAGGGGGAGAUUGGAUUGAUAUGCAGUGUUGAUAAGGAGAUGAAAAAGCUUUCCAGCAAGCUCACUACAAUCAAGGCAGUUCUCGAAGUUGCUGAGCAGAAGCAACUGCAAGACAAGCUGAUUCAGAUUUGGUUGCGGAAGCUCAAACAAGCAGUUUAUGAAAUUGAUGACGUCUUGGACGAGAGCACAACCGAAGCCGCGCAAUUGGAAUUUAAACGCCACAAUUCUGGAUCUUUUAAUAAGCUUGCGUUUGGGUUGGAAUCGUGGAAGUGAAUCAGAAAAUGCUGAACGGGUACUAGAUUCUCUUAAACCUCACCCAAAUCUUAAAGAGUUGAUCAUACAAGAUUAUCCAGGUACCUCUUUCCCACGCUGGAUGAGUGAUCUAGUACUGCUUCAAAAUUUAGUUGCUGUUUCACUUUAUGGUUGCAAAAAUUGUCAAAGUUUUCCACCAUAUAGUCGAUUGCGUUGGUUGAAACAUCUUCAGAUUUAUAGCAUGCCAUGUUUGGAAAGGUUGUCAAGAGGGGAAGAAAAAGAUGUAUUUCCUUGUCUUUCUCGACUGUUUAUUCAUGAUUGCACGAAGUUGACAUUGAUGUCAUGCCUUCCGUCACUCAAAGAUUUAAAAGUAGAUGGAUGCAGUGAUGUCUUAUUGAGUUCCAUCUCAAACCUCAGUGCUCUUGAGUCACUGGUGAUCAGGAGUUGUGAUGAGAUUGAGUCAUUACCCGAACAAGGAUUACAAGGCCUCAACUCUCUUCGUUCUUUAGAGGUUCGCUGCUGUAGAAAGUUGAAGUCCUUGUCUGAGGGACUGCAACACCUCAAAGCCUUUGAGAGUUUGACUCUUCUUGGAUGCGGCGAGCUCGUUUCUCUGCCGGAGGGUAUUAAACACCUCCAUUCCCUUAGAAAUCUGCAAAUAUUAGAUAAUCCCAAGUUGGUGGUUUUGCCGGAGGCCUUACACCAUGUCCCUGCACUGCAAUCUCUAUCGGUCAAUUUUUGUAGAGAGCUAACAUCGUUGCCUGACUGGUUGGGAAAUCUUGCAUCUUUUCAAUCGUUGUCAAUUGUGAGUAGCCCUAAGGUUGUGUCACUUCUAGACAGCAUUCAAAGCCUAACCAAUCUCACAACUUUGUCAAUUUGGGGAUGUGGUGAACAACUCAAAAGGAGAUGCGACAAGGGAAGCGGGGAGGAUUGGUAUAAGAUACAACACAUACCACGUGUCAAUGACUGAGAUGGCACAAAUUACAAACUGUUGAUGUUACAAAAGAUGACAGGAUAUCGAUAAUAAGAAUAAGGGUUCGUGACUUUAUGACAUUUUUUCACAUACAUUUUAGAGGAACUUAGCAACAAGAUGAACGGUUCGGGACGGUCCUCCUUCAUUGUGCAUUUUCGAUUGAACUUUAUACGUUGAAAGUAUUCACUAGCACAUUUUGUUCCCGACAGGAGAUUAGCGCAGAGGUAAUCCAACAAGUGUCAACUGAUUCAAGAAGGCCAGGGAUUCAGCAUUUUGAAAUGAGAUGAACAAAUAGGUGACCAUGAUACUUGAAGACUACCUAGAAAAGUUGUGGUUUGUGGUUGCAAUUUCAAGUGUUUGGCUUGGGAUUUCAAGUGUUCUCAAUUUAACUGAUGCUGUCAUUUGAUUACACAAGAUGAAGCAAAUUUUUUUGCUUGAGAUAGCAUUAUUCUUUCACAAUGUAAAAUUAUCCAAAAAAAUUCAGUCAA